AUGACCACUGUGGUUACCGGUAGCGCUACUGCCGGUGCAUAUAUUGACCCAGCUACACCACCAGCUGCAGACCAAUCCUCAACGACACCCCGUUCCAGCAAUCCAACAUCAUCCCCCUCGACGGCCUACAUCACGCCUACCACCCCUCAAAACCCUGCGACUCCAGUAACAUCUACGAUUGUCCUUGAGAUUACUGCAAAACCCAUAGUGACCAGCAGCACGGCUCCCUACAUCGUGCCAUCUACAGCCACGCCUGGGGUGGGUACAUAUAUCUCCACUACAACGAUGAUGGCAGGUAGCACGACUCCAUAUAUUUUACAGAUGAGCAGCACUACUCCAUAUAUUGUGCAGUCUAGCAUUCCUCCUACAGUGAUUUCCUCAGGUAAAGAGACAACCAGUACCAUUCGGUAUAGUGCGCAUACUCAGACAUCCGGUGCAUACGUGCAACAAUCAACCUCCUCGAUCAACAGCGGCGCUGCUGUCGUCAAACAGUCGGCCUCGACGAAGUCAACUAAUCCCUACACCGUAUCUUCCAGCAGUGCGGCCUCACGUAUGCGAACCACCACGCCCAUGACCGGCUACUCCACAUCAUCCGGUUCGGGUGGCAUGAGGACGACAAAGCCUAUGUCUGCUUCUAUUUAUGCCACGGGCUCAAACCCGGUUGUGUCCGAGGCUGAUUCAAGCCCAUCGAAGAUCAUUUGCAGCGAUGGUCAUACGGCAUCCGCUCCAACGCCAUCCGGGAAGUCCAACGAUCAACAAUUCACUGCAUUGAUUACUUAUACCACGGAGGACUCAUCAGGAAAGCCAUUUACAACCGUUGCCACGGAGACAUACGACGUUGCAGUAAUAACUGAGACGGUCUACGAUUCAACCGGCGGUGUCUCAACCAUGGUGGCAACGUUAAUGUCCUACAGCGGCACAAUAACGCCCACAAUCCUCGCUCAAAGUACCUCCCUUCCUACAGCUCCUCCAGACCAUCAAAGGGCAGAUGAGGUCGAGCUUGGCUUGGCUGUGACUGAUGUGCAAUAUUUUCGUGCCACAUACCUACCUGUCCUGAUAGCGGUUAUUCUCAAACUCGUUUGGGCCAUCGUCUUCACCUCCACGAAGAUGAUGGAGCCGUUUUAUCUCCUAUCGAGGGAAAAGGGCGCAACUGCCAAAGAAUCACUUUUGGCGGAUUAUCUGACCACCAGUUUUUCGGUUGAGGGCAUAAAGAACAUGUUUUUUAGCCACCCAGCCGUCACCCUGGUGAGUCUUGCAUAUAUUUGCGUAAGCGCUGUCCCAGCGAUAGCGACGCAAUCCACAACUGUGAGAGCGAUUGCAUGGUGCAGAACCCCCGACCUCAAAGCGGCAAGGUGCAAUCCGAUGGGGUACCUCAAUAUUAACUACACCAGAGCUCUUGAAGCAAUUCUUUCUCUAGUUGCUCUUGUCAUUCUUCUGGUGAUCAUACUUUCUAGUCGCCGUCGCAGCGGAAUCUUUUCUAACCCAUCCUCAAUUGCCACGAUGGCUUCACUCCUCAGUAGUGAAGACUUUAUGGAGGAGUUACGGAGAAUAGACCAAAAAUCAAGCCGUUCGUUCGCGGGACAACUCCUUGAUCCUUACAGAUACAUAUCUAGCCGCCAUCAGACAGGCACGGGCUAUAUGAGGUACGGAAUUGUAAGAGCACCUAGGCAAUCGAUAGAGCCCACGGUCAAGAACACCGAUCAGCAGGAAUAUUCGGCUCUGGUGCAGCCACGUGCUGGUAGGACCGAAGUACACAACUCUCGCAGUACGCUCUCGAAUCGUUUCCUCACCGACACUCUCUUCCUUCUUUCAAUUCUAGCACUUCUCGGCGUGCUUAUAGGUUACUAUUUGGACGGACAUGACGACCCUUUGAAUAACUACUUCAACCACAACCCAACCAGUCGACUUGUCCUCACAGUUGCUGCCAGUCUUCUCGACAUUCGCUGGAAGCAGCUAGAACGAGAAGUUCGACUUCUAACACCCUAUCGACGAUUGUUCCGCGGGUCUGCAAAGCCGCAGUCGACUAUCCUGGUUUCACAGAACUCUACGCCUCUCAAAAGCAUCUUCCCGGCGCUCUGGAGACGAAACUUCUUCCACGCUUUUGUGGCCCUUGUGGCCACACUGUCUGAUGUUUUGAUUAUUGCCAUCGGCGGCGUGCCAUGGAAUGCUGCACAAAUUUGGCUCGGUUUCCUUGUGAGUAUAUAUUCCAGUUGGGCAAUACUGGCCUUGAUGGCGCUUACAGUCAUCGCCAUCUUCCGAUGGAGGGCAUUGAACGAGAAAAUGAUGAUGCCACAUGAACCUACAACACUACUUACGGUGUGGCUUAUGCUCUGCAACGAGGGCAACCAACUUCGUGAAGAAAUGCACGGGUAUGAAACCAUGAGUGCAAAAGAACGAGACGACAGGGUCAAAAUGAGGGCCGGAUUGUAUUGGGCUGGUUGGCUCACCCAGCCUGAUGGCUGUCGGCGAUGGUGUUUGGAAAAGGAAAGUGGUCAGGCGUCGGGGAUGAAUAUGAUGUACGAACAUAAUUGGUGA